AUGAGGAACUGUACAGAAGUGACACAAUUCGUUCUCCUGGGACUAACUGAUGUCCCAGAACUGCAGGCCCCUCUCUUUACCCUGUUUACUCUCAUUUACCUCUGUGAUGUGAUUGGAAACCUUGGGAUGGUCAUGUUGAUUCUGAUGGACACUCAUCUGCACAUUCCCAUGUACUUCUUCCUUAGUAACCUGUCUCUGGUGGACAUUGGAUACUCCUCGGCUGUCACCUCCACAGUCAUGGCUGAGUUUCUCACAGGGUACAAGGUCGUGUCCUACAAUGCUUGUGCCGCUCAGAUGUUCUUCUUUGUAUUCUUUGUCACUGUAGAAAAUUACCUCCUGGCUUCAAUGGCCUAUGACCGCUACGCUGCAGUGUGCAAGCCCCUGCAUUACUCCAGCAUGAUGACCCCAAGUGUAUGUACUUGUCUGGCCACAGGCUCCUACAUCUGUGGUUUCGUGAAUUCUGUUUUUCACACUGGAGAUAUAUUCAGCCUUUCGUUUGGUAAAUCCAAUGUGGUCCAUCACUUUUUCUGUGAUGUUCUGGCAAUCAUGGCUCUGUCUUGCUCUGACACACACCUUAGUGAAGGGAUUCUGGUUUUUAUGUCAAGCUUUAAUGUGAGUUUUGCUCUGCUAAUUAUCUUGACUUCCUAUCUACUCAUAUUUAUCACCAUUUUGAAGAUGCACUCAGCUCAGGGACACCAGAAGGUUCUGUCCACCUGUGCCUCCCACCUCACCACAGUCUCCAUCUUCUAUGGCACUGCCAUUUUCGUGUACCUGCAGCCCAGCUCCAGUCAUUCCAUGGACACUGAUAAAAUCGCAUCUGUGUUCUACACCAUGGUCAUCCCCAUGCUGAACCCCAUGGUCUACAGCCUGAGGAACAAGGAGGUCAAAAAUGCUUUCAAGAAGGUGAUGGAGAAAGCAAAAGUUACUACAUAA